AUGCUUGUUAGAGGAACUGAAGAUUAUGGGGAUGGAUACGGUAUCGAAAAAGUCAGAAGUUUAGGGCAACAGGAAAGCCUUAUGGAUGCCGACACAUUUGGCUAUUUCGCCAGAGAGGCGGGGACUGGUGUUCGUUUGUAA